AUGAAUAAAUUGGAUGAUGAUAUAAACAAUACUAAAAAAAAUUUAAAUGCUGAUAAUAUUAUGAGUGAAGUUAAUAGUGAUGUUCUAGAUAUUAAUAUAGAUCUAAGUUUAUAUGCUAACCCUGCUAAUUUUGAUGAUUUUGAUUAUUCAUCUGAAGAAGAGAAUAUAAAUUUUAAAAAUAAGAUCAAUUUAGAACAAUUGAAUAAGCUUACAAUUAUUUUAAAAAAUAAAAAAUUGCCUGCAGAUGAAUACUUUCAAUAUUUAGCAAUUUAUAAAUAUUUUGUUAAUUUAAAUAAAGAUUUAGGUAAGAUUGAAGCAAGUAUUUGUGCAGCAGGAGAAGUUUAUAAUAAAAAUAAUAAAGGUUCAUAUAAGGCAACAUGUAUUCGUAAAUGGGCAAUGCAUUGGUUUAAAAAUGAAGUAUUACCUAAAAGCAUGCAAGGUUGUCAUCAAAAAACAAAAUCAUUAAUUGAUGAUGAAGAUGUUAUUAAUGGUAGUCUUGAGUUUAUCAGACUAAGUGGAGGAAAAACAACACCUUUAGAAUAUAAAGAAUUUGUUAACUCUAAACUAUUGAUAGAAAAUAAAAAAUCAAUCUCAGAUAAUACUUCUUGCAUUGACUGUGAUGGCCAUGAAAGAGAAGAUGUGAUAUCUUAUCAUAAGAUUUUUUUAGAGAAAAUGAAAGAGUUGGAACAAUACAUGCCUAAAUUUGUUGGAGAUGAAAUGGUACAACUUAAUCCAGAACUUCCUGAUGAACAAAAUUACAUAUUUUUGUUACUUAUGAUGAAUCAUUAUUAUCAAGAAUAA